AAAAAAAAGAGACCCAAUGUAUAAAGUAAAUUAACGCAUUUACAAUUAUUAAAUUAGCCGUUAACACCUCUUACUUAAACAUCUCUAGACCGAACAAAGAAAGAGAGAAAAGAGAGAAAAGAAACAGAGCAACAAUGGCGAAAGUAAAUCGCUCCAAAAUUGGUCUGUCACUGUUACUGUCGUUGUUGCUAUGCAACUUUAUCACCGAUCUUGAAGCUUCUUCUUCACACCAAGAUCUCGACCAACCGUACCGGACCGGUUAUCACUUUCAACCUCCCAGAAAUUGGAUGAACGAUCCUAAUGGACCAAUGAUAUACAAAGGAAUAUAUCAUCUGUUUUACCAAUAUAACCCAUACGGCGCCGUUUGGGAUGUAAGAAUCGUAUGGGGACACUCNUGA